UCAUCCCCUUUUCUUUCAAAAUCCCUAAAUCACUAUUCUCUUAAACCUCAACUUUUAGAGUUUCUCUAAUCAAUGGCCGCCCAUUCCAUGACAAAUUUAGAGGACCUGCUCAAUGAUACUGUUAUAUACUCCUUUUGCGCACUUCAAAGCACUUUAGUUGCUGGUGAAGUUCAAAAACGUCAUCUGAAAACUCUAGAUGACUUGAAGAAGGAACACGCCGGCUGUGCGGCUAAAAUGAUCGCCCUUAAGGAACUAGCCGAGUCUCGUCUGCAGACUCUUCAAGAGCUACAAAAAGAAUUCAAUGAAUUUGCUCUUAAGGUUCGAUCUUUCGAGAGUAAGAUGCAGGAUGAGGUGGAAAAGGUCCUCACUCAGCAGGCUAUGAGGGCACGCGUUGAGACAAUGCUUGAAUUUCAGCGCGGCGAGUUGUCGACUAAUGACAUACCGGAAACCGUUCGGAUUUACAAUGAGGCGUACCCUGAGGAUGCCUUCAACUUCUAAAAUUUUAAAUAUCUAAUUAAGGCUUGAAUCUUAAUAAGUAUUCCAUUGUCGUAGUCGAAUUGUCGUCUGAAUGAAACUAGUUAAUUUGGUUGGAUUUUGAUCAGCCCUGUUUCACUCCUGGAGUGGGGGUUGUAAGUACUUUGUUGAUCCUGUUUUGCUUAUAGCGGGGAUCAUAAGACUUAUUUUGACUUUUGUUAAACCUCCCUUUAUGCUUAAAUUUCGUCUUCUGGGUUUUU